AACCCACAAAACAAAAACCAUGUUCCCCUUUUUUUAUUUUCCCACCCACACGCACUCCACACAGCAUCUGGUUUUCCUCCCAAACUAAAUUAUUGUCACUUUUUCUAUCCCAACACUAUAUAUAUUAACACUACAACCUUAGCCUAUUUUCUACAUCACUACUACUACCUCAUCAACCAUUAAUCAAUAUCUCUUGUCAAAAACAACAAAAAAAAAAACAUUAAUCAAUAUCAAAUUGCUUAACACUACCUUUCUUCUUAACAAUUAAUACAAUGAGUUCAAGAAGCCAAGCAUGGAAAUGGAGUGUGGCAACAAGUGUUGGAGUGGUGGAGGCUUUGAAGGAUCAAGGAAUAUGCAGAUGGAACAGUGUUAUAAGAUCAGCACAACAGCAUUCUAAACAUAACAUGAGGUCUUUGUCUCAUGCCAACAACAAAAUUCCUUCCACAAAAUUGAGGGACGAGAAAUCCAAGCAGUCAGAGGAAUCUUUGAGAACUGUCAUGUUCUUGAGUUGCUGGGGUCCCAACUAAAGAAAGAAACAUUUUGAAUUAUGCAAAGGAAGAUCCAAUCAAACACAAGAGUUUUUGAUCAAGAUUAAUUGAGUUUGAAACAAGUGAAUGAAUCAUCCUCUUUAUUGCUUUGGAACUUGAAGUGGUCUUGGAAGUGAUUCAAUUUUUGCAUGGAUAGAAAUUUGUGUAUAUAUAGGAUUUACUAUUAUAUGAUAUGAUAUGAGAUGUAUUUUAUAUGGAGAUGACUCUUAUUAAGCUUUUAUUCAUGGAUUUA